AUGAAAUAUCCAGGCGGUAAUCCUUCCACAAUGUUCUGUGAACAGGUCAGCACGGUCACGUCGUUGUUCGAGCAGUGGAACGACUGCGAGCGAACCGUCGUUCUCUAUGCGCUCCUGAAGCGAGUCCCGUCCGUAAAUCUCAAGUUUCUGCAGGUGUCGAUCGACUACAAUCUUGCGCAAAAUUGCCCCAGCGAGGUCAAGCUGCACGAGCUGGAAGCGCGGGCCAAUGAUACGACGCUGCUCCGUAUGCUGGUGCAGAGAUACUACCAGCUAAGUGGUGGUGGCCAUAGCGCUGCCGGUUCCUCGCUCACCGGAGGGCUUCAGCUGAAUAACAACAACAACAACACAAACAGUGUGAAUAACAAUCUCAAAGCCCAGCCGGAGUCUUCGUCACUGUACGAGCUACUGAAAAAGUCCAUCACGCAUGGUCCGUCGGGGCACCACCACCACCAUCAUCAUCUCGUCAGCAAUAAUCUCCUGUCUCCGUCGUCCAACGAAUCCUCCGUAUCGUCCUCGUCUUGUUCGUCCACUACAUCGUCCUCGGUGACGGCCACCAUCACGUCACCGCGCAUGGUUCCCAUGGCGUUGCGUUCACAGAAGGUCGAUGACCAUGAAGAACGCCCUCCGGAAACGAUGGAAAAUAUCCUGAAGGACAUUCUCAACUAUCUGCCGCUUCUGACCCCGGGCAAUGAUAUUGCCAAGAGCAUGUACAUGUCACUAAUACCCGGCGCAGUGGAGGACGCGUGCCGACAGCUCGUGCCAACCGAGAUCGUCCAGCAGACGCUCUCCUAUCUGCUCAUCCACCCGGCAAUAACAAACGAUGAUCGCAGAAUUCUGAGCUGCUUGUUGCGGCACUUGGAAGACUUCAUUUCGACGUCUUACGUGCCAGCCACUGCUGCCAGUGUUCCUGCUACUGUCAAUAAGGGCCGCAACUACUUUCAACACCAGAACAGUGCCACCGGAGCGUCUCACAUUAACGCCACCGUUGCAGGUGGCAACGCACAAGGUCCGUAUCUGUCAGCGACGGUCUCCACGGGAGCUGGCAAAAUUCCAUGGCAACAUGGCAGUCUUGGUAUACCGGUGCCACCUCCUUCGACGCAUUCGUCGACACACUCAUUGACUCAAACGCAGAUGGUGCCCACGGGUACCUCGCAGAAACACUCUCAUUCCUCGCUGACGACCGGUGGCGCUUCGCCGCAACCAGCCCCGUGCCAGACGAAGGCCACCACGGCCGUAAUGGGUAGAACCGGUUGUAGCGUGUCGAAUUGGAACAGUACAUCCUCCAGCUCGUCGAGUUCCAGCUCGCCAACCAGUUCCAGUUCCUGUCUCGAUAGUGCGGCUUCGCAGCUCCUAAAAUCGUCCACCCAACAUCCGCCACCGACGGUUAGCGCCGAGUUUGGUAUUGUCCGCGUUCAGCAGCACCGCGCGGGCACCACAUCGGCGCUGAUCGCCUCUAGUCAAACGAUGCACACGGGCACAGGAGUCGGGCAGCUGCCAGAAGCAUCUCAGUCAAGUUCGUCGGUGAACGCCGGCAACGGGUCCACUCCGGUCACCGAUGAUCUCAUAACGGCGGCAACAGAAUCACUGCUGUACGAUUCUCCGACCGACGACCAUCACGUGUCGUUCAGCAAAAAUGGCACCGAAAUCUUUGACUACGAUUGUGAUUUCGAUCACGAAGACGAAUAUAAUUAUCUCAGGCAACGGAAUACGACCAGCGCCACCGCCACCAGUAGCAGCGGCGGUGGACCGUCGAUCGGAGGCAAAAAGUUGGUCUCCUUCAACAGCAACGUAAGCAAUGAUUUUCUAUGCGUUCCUCUGCUGCUCAAUGGCUAUGGUUGUGGUGGAGCCUCCGGACUCGACCAUGAUCUGGAUGGUACGCUGAUGAAGACCCGUCGUUCGAACAGUCUCACGACUACACCUUCGUCGGCCCUGUCCGCCGCAAUGAUUGCCGCCUCCUUCGGAGGAGUGCCGGGUGGUGGCGAGAUGCUAUACGCACAGCAAAAGCAAAACAACGAAUGUCUUUCAGCCGAGAAUCUGACCAACUUGCAGAUGCUUCAGAAUAAACCGCGCAGCUUUUCGCUCACGAUGGAGAGUCCCCGGUCGUCGCUCACGUCCAGCGGUUCCGAUACGCAGCUGGACGAGUUCAAGCACCACCACCAGGGACCGGUUGGUCUGAUGAAGCUGUACGGUGGCCAGCCGAACCUUGGGAUGUCGUGCAUUGCGCACUGGCUGAAGAGCCUGCGGUUACACAAGUAUGUGUGGCUGUUUUCGAACCUAACGUACGAUCAGAUGCUCGACAUCACGGAGGAGUACCUGCAAAAUCUGAGUGUCACCAAGGGGGCUCGCCACAAGUUGGCUCUGUGCAUUCAAAAGCUCAAGGAACGCUUCAGCAUUCUGCGCCAGCUGGAGAAGGAUUUACUCGGCGGUCAGACAGCGGGCCCACAACUGGCGACGGUUCUGGAAGAACUGACAAACAUCGUGCUGACGCCGAUGAAGCCGAUCGGUAUCGAUCAGCGUGAGGAUGUUGCGGCACAGUUUGUCAAGGUGUUGGACCUUGUGGGUUCAAUAAUAGUUCUGCGACCGAUCAAUAGCCAGCAGGAUGAAGAGUACCUGAACAUAUUCCUGUGGAUUCUCGAGCGUGCCCUGCACAACGAUGCCUUCGUUGCGCACUUUGCCCAGAUUAAGGACCACAAGUACAAACUGUCGAAGGUGAAGAUUCAGCUUGCACCAAAGAGUGGACAUUUCCCGAAAAACCUCACUACUGCCGGUGUGAACAGCAGUAUCAGUAAGCCGAGAUGGCCCGUUAAUAACAAACACAAAAGUGGUGGUGUGCUGAACGAACCACAAGCCAAACCACACCGAAAGAGCUCCAUUCCGUACUUUCUGCCUCCGGGAGGGCAGCUUCAAGGAUCGACGGGGCAGGCGCAGCAAUAUUUCCAUCAUACCGCGGCCAGUAAUGCCAACGGUAGUACGGCCAACUACAACAAGAGCUCUUCGUACCCCAGCUUCGUCACGACACACGGUAACGGGGUAGCGCUGCACGGAAUGAAACCGAUGACAACCGGUGGUAGUAGCAACAAUUCGUCUCUGCAGCAGCAGCAACAACCGCACCAAAUGCAGUAUCCCCAUGCGUCGGGGAUUUCCAACCACCAACAUCCGGCCGCAGCAGCCGCGUCGUUGCAGCCACCGGCCAUGCAGCAUCCGAACUUUAUGUUCCAUCGUCACUCACUAAGCAACAUAACGCCCCACGGGGCCGGCUCGCUGGUGCCUCCAGUAUUCCUAUCUAACCUCAAUUCCGUAUCGGCCGAAAACUGUAGCGGCGCUGGUGGCGACAGGGCGGCGGCAUGUGGACCGACAAGCAAGGCGAGUUCCGCGUCCUCGAUGAACGUCCGGGGUGUCGGUGAUCGACAGAAUGAGCGGAGUGUGAAAAAUUUUCCAACGAACCAAGCUGGCAAUGAUGGUAGCAGCAGCGGUGGUAAUAGCAGCAACGUUGGCCACAACAACAGCAUCGGCGAUAUCAACACGCGACUCGAGUUUCUCUGCCGCCAGAUGACGGAACAGGCAAUCAACUAAGCGAGGUUAGUGGCCCCCUAUUUGUUGUGCAUUCUUAGCGGUGCUGGAAUGACGGUGAUGGUGAGGCAUUGGAAAUGGUACCAAAAAACAAAACAAAACGGUACGAUGUGAUCGUGAUCGUUGAUGAUCGAGCGGUGAUAUGAGCGAUCGGGCGAGGCAGAGGUGUUUAGAAAUGAUCGUAGCAUAAGGCAUAUAAGUAGGGGUGUGUUUGUGGAAACGAAACGACGUGCUAAAGUAGCACCGAUAGGGGCAAUCCUUGGACAAGGCGGACCACUAGUCGCGCACCCUUUUCAAAGCAGCAGUGUAGAUGUAAUUUUGUUUUCGAUGUAGUUUUAGGCACAGAGCAGGCACAUAGGCCGAGAAAACUAUUGUUGUUUUCCUUGUUUAUGUCGUAUAGCUGUUGAAAAGUUCAAUUAUCAACCCCUCAAGCGACGAGAUGUUUGACCGUUGAGCAGUGUGUAUGUGGAGCGAUUUUUCGCUUAACGGGGCAGUCAAGUUUAGAGAGAGAGCCAUUUACCUCCAUUUGAGUUCCGUUGAAUGGAUAGCACACGAAAGCUGGUGUGGUAAUACUACCAUAGCGCAGUACCGCUUAGUAGAGCUCCGUGUUUUCGCUGUUGGAGUUCAACGAUAGAGUUGAGUGUUAGUCUUUUAAGCAUGACGCGCGAUCGGUGAUCGUAAGCGCGACGAGCCGCACCGUUUCGAGAAGAAACAUAUUGCGGGACCGAUCGAUCGAUCGAUCGACAACGUAGACGAUGGCGCGCGCGGGUAUUCAAACUACUCAUCGUUGGUGAGAAUAUUUAUCUUGUCUUGUUAUGUUUUAGUUUUACUACAAUUUACCGCUGCAUGUGCUGCGUUCUAUCCGCGCGCAUUAGUUAGUAAUGUUUCUCUUUUGACAAGGUGAAAACAAGAAAUAGUUUCGCCACUUUCGUCACACACUUUCUGUGCUUCUUGUCACAUAAACUACCGUAGUUGAGUGAGGCCCCCGGGUUGGAAAAGGGUACCGGUGGCCGGCCGAUACUGUGCCACCAUUAUCAUCAUGUGAUCGAACGUGUGUUUAUUUACCAAAAGAUGUUUGUGCACCACUCGGGUUAGGUUGUUACUCCGAUGCAUUCUCCGUAUACACAAGGCCGGUAGGAACGCGCGCAGCUCAGCUCUCGUUACUUAGUACGUGCAUUUUAGAUCUAUUUUCAAACAAUGUGUACCAAACUCUGUAAUAAACGGAAGGAUAACAAACUCUCGUUCGCCGCUCGGUGGUGCAAGUUGGAGUUAUCAAAAAACACUAAACCACUGCACACAAAGCAGCGCGCUGAAACCAUACGGCACCAAUAAGGACCUGAAUUAUGAGUAGAACGAACCACAGAAACCCCAGCAGAGCAGAGGACCAGCAACAUAACGAAAUAAGAGAUAAGUGUUAGGGAUGAAUCGUGCGUUUAAGUUUUUUCUCAUUCUUUUUUUGUUUGUUAUACGUUUUGCUAGAAGCAACACAUUCUCCAAAUAUCAAGCUCUAUUCCUUUUCCCGGGCGAUUUAAGAAAAUGCCAUUGCUAGUGAUUGCUUGCUUGGUCACGUGUCCAAGGCACGCGGCCAAGGAUUACAUUUUAUUUCGCUAUUGACCUUUGAGAUGUGAUUAGUUUGAGAUUUGAGGUUCAGCUAUUAGUUUUUCCCUGAUUGUCCACCACCCCGCGGUGGGGCCAGUUUGUUACCAUUGAUGCUCUGCUCUGCGCGUCAGAAAGUUCAAUUCUUAACAGUGCGGCCAAAUGUAACGAAACGAUAGGGAACGGCAAAUUACGAGAGCCCGGUUCACGGUCAUCGGUUGGCGUUGUGUGUGACGUGUGCAUAAAGUGCAUACAAAACCCCAAAGAAGCUAAGUGAUAGUUACACAGACCACACACUCUACCGAUUGGGCCAGAUUGCAUAAAAAUCACAACCAUACUCUGCCCUAUUAAGCGUAGUAGAUUAAGGGUCAGUCAUUAGCACGCGAGCUGCUGCUGUUUGUCUAUCAGGUCACUGAACGGAUUUGUUGACAAACAUCCUUGGGAACCGAGGGGUAAAUUCCGGUAAGGUUUUGGCUCAGUUUGUUUACAUGUUAAGUUGAUCGCGAGUUCGAUCUUGGAAAGAGAAUGUGCACAAGGAUUGGUAGUCAGCUCUAAGUUUUAAGGUCCCCGCAGUCCUGAGGCAUGUCACAUACGGGUCAAUCAAACACUGGCACUAGCCGAGAGAGAGAGGCUAACGCGGCGAUCAUCCGCUGUUCAUGUUCAUGUGCGUGCGUCUAAGUUAUGUCCCAAACACCGCGGUUCUGGUUCAUGUUCUCUGAGGUUUGAGGAACAAAAUGGUUGUGAUGGAAAUGAAAUGCCGCGUAGCGGCCAGUAUUCGGUUCCGAACGUGUGCCAGUACACGUGUACUCCGCUAAUCAGUUGCUUCUUAUCAGUAAGUUCUUUUUCUGCUCGGCCGCACGAGGGUUAGUGUAAGUCACUGUGAACUGGUAACACAAACGAAUCAAUUCACACCAACAACUACGGCAUUAUUGUUGUGUUUUGUCAGAAUUCAAUGCGAAAAAAGAGAAAUCGCACUAAUGAGCGUCUAGCGUGUGUGGGGGACGUUCGAAAGUUACCUAAUGUUUAUUCGUUUCCUAAGCGUUGUUCGCUGAACGUUUAUUAGUUUCCUCCAAAAAGGAUGAUGAUAGUCAAAUGUUAUCUAAAAAAAGUAUAAAGUAGCGCAAAAUGGAAAGCAGCUCAAACGUCGUCGGAAGCGGCGGAGUGCCGGAAUGGGACCGAUCGGUGCGAUCGAGAAAGCAAGACCAAGUUAAGCUUCAUCACUGCGCGUGUAGGCUAUAGUGAAGUCAAUGUUUGAGUUAGUGUUGUACGCGGAAAGAAUGAGUUUUUUGUUGAGUUGAGAACGAAGCAAAACGGUUAAAAGUGUGUCUGUUGUGGCAGAGAAUCCUCCCUAUUUAUUGAUCAACUAUCAAUCUCCUACUUCUCUAAAGUGUGUGUGUAUGUUAAAAACAAAUCUCCACAAUUCCUUGUACACUGUACACAAAAUCAAGGAAGAGCGAUAGUGAAACGCUAGUAAAACCCGCGCCAGUAUCUUCGUUUAACGAUCCUACAGAGCCACAUUCACGUCACGUCAGGGUAGAAUGUAAAAUGUUUUCUGUUUGUUUUGGUUUGUUCGUUUGUCUGUACUGAAUUACUACUCGCGCCUAGUGGAGCAAAACAAACCCCAUAGAAACCGAGAAUCCCAAAAAUCUAUGUAGUGUGUUUACUGAAACGGCAGCAGGACGCGCGAAGCACUGGGAAGAAAGAUAGUACGCCGUAGGGAAUUGGCGGGCAUUGAAGAAGAUCGAUCCGAUUUUAUGUAGUGAAGUUUUUAAAACAAUUGCUGAUCGAAAAUACACAAACAAAAGUAUUGGGAAUAUUUAUUUUUCCAGCCAAGAGAA